GGUAUAUAAUAUAUACUAUAUAAGGACAAGACGCGAGUUCUAAUUAUCAUUCACUUGAAAACACUCACCAUGUCUAAACUGAUUAUUGCUUUGGCCCUGUUCGCCGUAGCUGCGGCUCAUCCAGGCUACGGCAGUGGAGCCAGCAUCGGCGGCAGUUUGGGCGGCGCCCACGCCGGCAUCGGCCAAUCUGGCGCCCAGGUCGGCUGGCAGGGCGAGCACGGCGCCCAGACCGGAUGGCAGGGCGAACACGAUUCUCAGAUCGGAUGGCAGGGCGAGCACGGAGAGUCCGGUCUCCACGGUCAGGUCGGCUGGCAGGGUGAGCAAGGACAGUCCGGUCUCCACGGCCACGAGUCUGGUAUCCACCGUCAUGUCGGCUACGAGUCUGGCCUCCACAGCCAGGUCGGCCACGAGUCUGGUAUCCACGGUCAAGUCGGCCACGAGUCUGGUCUCCACGGUCAUGUCGGACACGAGUCUGGCCUCCACGGUCAUAUCGGCCAAGAGUCUGGCCUCCACGGCCAGGUUGGCCACGAGUCUGCAGGCCUCCACGGCCACAUUGGCAGCGGCAACCAAGGCUACGGACUCCACGGCUCCAUCGGCGACUACUAAGCGAUAGUUUUCAGUGAUUAAAUAAUUUAGAAUGUA